CCCUCCCUCCCUGUUCCACCCCCAACUCCCCCUCCCUGUUCACCCCCUCCCCUCUCCCCCCCCCCCCCGUCCCCUUCCUCUCCCCCCUCCCCCCCGUCUCCCCUUCCUCUCCCCCCGUCUCCCCUUCUCCCCCCGUCUCCUCUCCCCUCCCCGUCUCCCCUUCCUCUCCCCCCCCCCCCUUCCUCUCCCCGUCUCCCUCCCUCUCCCCCCCCCGUCUCCCCUUCCCUCUCCCCCCGUCUCCCCCCGUCUCCCCUCCCUCUCCCCCCUCUCCCUCCCUCCCCCCCGUCUCCCCUUCCUCUCCCCCCCCCUUCCUCCCCCCCGUCUCCCCUUCCUCCCCCCCCCCCGUCUCCCCCCCUCUCUCCCCCCCCCCCUCCCUCCCCCCUUCUCUCCUCCCCCCCCUUCCCCCCCCCUCCCCCCCCCCUCCCCCCCCCCCCCCCCCCCCCCCCCCCCCCCCCCCCCCCCCCCCCCCCCCCCCCCCCCCCCCCCCCCCCCCCCCCCCCCCCCCCCCCCCCCCCCCCCACCCUCCAUCCCCCCCCUCUCCCCCCCCCCUCUCCCCCCCCCCCCCCCCCCCCCCCCCCCCCCCCCUCCUCCUCCCCCCCCCCCCCCCCCCCCCCCCCCCCCCCCCCCCCCUCCCCCUCCCCCCCCCCCCGUCCCCCUUCCUCCCCCCCCCUUCCCCCUCCCCCCCCCUCUCCCUCCCCUCCUCCCCCCCCCCCCCUUCCUCCCCCCCCGUCUCCCUUCCUCCCUCCCCGUCUCCCCUUCCUCCCCCCCGUCCCUCCCCUCCCCCCCCCCCCCUCCCCUCUCCCCUUCCCCCCCCCCUCUCCCCUUCCUCCCCCCCCGUCUCCCCUUCCGUCUCCCCCCCUCUCCUCCCCUCCCCCCCGUCUCCCCCUUCCACCCCCCCCCGUCUCCCCUUCCUCCCCCCCCCGUCUCCCUCCUCCUCCCCCCCGUCUCCCUCCCCUUCCCUCCCCCCCGUCUCCCCUUCCCCCCCCCGUCUCCCCUCCUCUCCCCGUCUCCCCUUCCUCUCCCCUCCCCCUUCCCUCCCCUCCCCCCUCUCCCCCCCCCGUCUCCCCUUCCUCUCCCCCCUCCCCUCCCCUUCCUCUCCCCACCUCCCCUUCCCCUCCCCCACCCCCCCCCCCCCCUUCCUCUCCCCCCCUCCCCCACCUUCCUCUCCCCCCACCUCCCCUUCCUCUCCCCCCACCUCCCCUUCCUCUCCCCCCACCUCCCCUUCCUCACCCU